UAUACAUUGAUCAUAAAGUUCACACACAUUAACUCAUUGCAAUAUGACAUUAAUCAAUCAAAGAGAAACAAGUGAGGAUAUCUGCAUUAAGUGUUAAUCAUUAACCGAAUCAGCAUAAGGAACUUGUGUGUUAAAAUAUAUGAGUUUGCUUUGUGUUUGUUAAAUACUGACUAGGUCAACUGAGUACUUGAAUGCCUCUAUAGUGAUACUGAAGGUUAAAAUGGCGACGGCAAUGGAGGAACACGUCAAAGAGACAUUGAAAUGUAAGGUGUGUUACGAGACACUAACAGACCCUAGGGCCCUACCAUGUAUGCAUACCUAUUGUUGCAAAUGCCUGGAUAAGUUGGAGAAGAUCGAUCAAGGACAGAAACAAAGUCUAAGCUGUCCAGAAUGUAGGCAAAUUCAUACAAUACCAGAAGGAGGAGUGGCUAAAUUUAAGGUCAACUUCACCACUAGCUCAUUAGUGGACCUAAUUCAAUCAAUGGAUAUUAUUGGAGACAAUCCCAAUUGUACAGUGUGUAAGGAAGAUGGAAUAGACAAUGAUGCUCUAACAAAGUGUGUACAGUGUAACGAGCAGUUAUGUAAGGACUGUGAUCGAUCUCAUACUCGAUAUAAUAAAGGUCACACAGUGCUUGACCUUACUGGUGAUAAGACUCAAGAUAGGACGAGUGUACUGAAUGUUGUCAAACAGCGUGUAGUUUAUUGUGAAAUGCAUAAAACAAAUCCACUUGAGAUAUACUGUAAAGUGGACCAAUGUGCUGUAUGUGCUACUUGUUAUGUGAUUGACCACUCAGGCCACGAAUGUGUCGAUGUUCAUAAGGCUGCGGUUAACAAUAUGGAGCUUAUUGAUGAGCUCCUUGAGAAAGGUGAUAAGUUGGUACAGAACUUUGAAGAAUCAAUACAGAACACUCAUAAAAAGAAGGAUAUAAUGGAACAAGAGGCUGAUGAUGUGACACAUGAACUGAAUAAUGAUAUGAACACAGCUAUCCAAGCAAUCCGUGAUAAAUACACAAAGCAUAUUGAUUUGGUAGCUGAGAAAAAAGCCACAUGUGCCAAGCAAGCUGUAGCUCAUCUAGGGCAUCUCCAUAUGCAAAAGGCCACCACUGAGAGCACAAUGAGCCAGCUACGUGCAUUGAAACAACAUGGACAUGAUACCCAACUGGCUAACAUGGCCAAUGACAUUAGUUCUAAAUCAAAAGAAUGGUCUGAACUCAAGGACUAUGAGCUUGACAAUUACAUUAAAUUCAAAAUACACAGAGGUGAAGUGUUUGAUGACAGAAUAGUGUUUGGAAAGGUGGACAUUGACAUCCUGAGAUAUAUAUCAGAGACACUAAGAUUAUGUGAAAAGCCAACAGUGUUAAAGAAAGUGAAGUCAAAUGUUGGGAAUGUUUGGGAUUUAGAUGUAACUGACAAUAAUGAAACUGUAGCUAAUGGUAGUGGAAAAUCAGCUAGUGUCUAUGACAAGGAUCUUACUUUAAAAACUACAUUUGGUAAGGGAUUUUACAAUGCCACUUGUAAAAGUAAUGAUAUCUACCUCACCAGUGAAACUGAUACAGUCCAUGUAUACAGCAAAGAUGGUACACACAGUAGAGAUAUAAGGAUACCCUCCCUGGGAAAAUGUAGGGGUCUUGUUGUUAACUCAAGGGGUGAACUUGUUAUAUGUGACACUUGCACAAAGAAUGUAUACCAUGUGGAAAGUGCUACUAGCAAAAUCCUGACCAAGUCAAAUUUAGGUACCUUAAACCGCCCACUCUAUGUAGCUGUCAAUAGUAAAGAUGUUGUGCUUGUGUCUGAUAUUGAUGGACAUUGUGUGGUGGGCAUGACCAGAGAUGGCAAUGAGCUGUUCAGGUAUGGCACUCUUGGUAAUGGACAGAACCAGCUGUACCAUCCCUGGGGUCUGUGUACAGAUAGAGCUAACAAUAUCAUAGUGGCUGACUCUAGGAACCACAGGGUGCACUUGCUAAGUCCAGAUGGCAAGUUCAUAAAAUACCUCCUGCAAGCUUCAGAUGGACUUGAGCGCCCAUAUGCUGUAGCCGUGGACAAAGAGGGACAGUUAUUGGUGGGAGAUAACAAGGGGUAUAUCUGGCAUAUUAAAUAUGCAGUGUAGGUGUAUGUCUUAGUGCAUGUUUAUAGAACAAACUCACAAGAUGAACUGAUUCUUCAAAAAC